AUGGAGGCAGAGGAUGACUUGGAUGAUCCAGAGAGAUUAAUACAGUGUCCAUAUGAUAAACAACAUCAAAUCAGAGCCUGUCGUUUUCCCUAUCAUCUUGUAAAGUGCAGGAAGAGUCACCCUGAAGUUGCAAAGUUAUUGGCCACGUGUCCCUUCAACGCUCGCCAUCUUGUUCCUCGAGCCGACCUCGUCGACCACAUAGCGAAGUGCCGGGACAAAGGGUUCAUUGAGCAUGAUAUAGCACAUUGUUCUUCUGGCUUCCAAAGAGAUGAGGUGAAUGCUGUAAGCACAUGGCAGGCACCUCCAUGUGAUGAAGACUGGGAAACAGAGUUGCUAGAGCAGCCAAAUUCCCCUUUUAUUUGGGGCAUGACCAACUCUGGCGUAAACAGUUGCAGUGUCACCUCUGGACAAAAGAAUUACCUUCCUUCAAGUGUACGUGCGCCUGAGUCCUCCCCAUAUGCUGCAUCCUGGAAGGAUUGUGAGUAG